GUGCCGCCAUGGCCGCGGCGGGAGCGGGACCGGCACCGGGCUGGUGGGUCCGGACAGCGCCGGSACCGGCACCUCCCUCCCCGGACCGGCCUCUCCUGCCCCGGCAAAGCAGCGGGGACAUCCCGGGUUAUCCCUCAGCACCCCGGGUCACCCCUCGGCUGAGGCGCGGCGCGGCCCGAUGGUGCUGAGAGGACGGGGGAAUACGGGGGGGUUCGGCCCUGCCUGAGGGGGAGCGGCCGAUUCAAAAAUAUCUUCAGAAGCUUAAAAUGGAAAAUACCAACUUGAAAGGAAGUGCAGAAGCCACGGAUAUUUGUGACCUCAGAAUGGCAACCGAAAGAACUGAACUUGGGCUCAGAAAACAUGCUGAAAAUCAUUUAAAUAUUGUAAACAGACAGGAGCUAACUCUUUUUUCUGCUGGUAAUAAAGAAGUAAAUUCAAAAGAGCUCUCUAAGUGGGGCCUUCCUUUUGGUGCUUGUCAGAAGCAGCUGGUUUUGCCUCGGGUUGAGCCUGUGACUGUCCAGAGGUGCAGCAAAUCAGCCYCUCGUGUGUGCCAGGGCUCUCAGCAGCAAGUGGAAAUGGAUUUUAGAAUUAUGCUUGACUCAGAGAACUUGGAUAGUAAAGCUGCUUUAAAACAUCCCAACAAUGAGACCAGGCUGCCACUUAUAACCAAGAAAAUAUCUGCUCCUAUGUGCAGUGAGAAGACAGGGAAAGGUCUCACACUUCCCAACCCUUGGGCUUUGUCYGCCUUUCACUGCUUGGGUUCUGCCUUGCCCUUGGUAGAAGGAGGCACCCCAAAAGCUGGAAUUGUUCAGGAAUGUCAUCUUCUUGUAGGUCCUCUGAGCCUAACCAACCCAAGGCUCWUCCUUCCAGCAGCAAAGACAGCUCUGCCAGCUUCUCCUGUUGCAUCCAAAGCAGCACCUUGCCCUGAAUUUCCCAGRCAGCACAAGAAAUCAGCUGGAGGAGAGAUCAGUAGCAGGCUGGAGAACACAGACACCAGCACUUUCCCAAAGCCAAAGGAAGCCAUUUAUGGCACACAUUCCUCCAGUAAAGGUAACACUGCACCGCUUCCAUCCAGCAGUUCCAUGGUUUCAACAACGAAAUCAAAGCCAGAGUGGAUGUAUCCAGCUCAGCAGUUGAAAUCUCAGGUGCACGUUCCUGCUCACACACAGCCCCCACAAACAGCUCAGCCCUUCCAGGAUCCCUGCUCAGAUUGGGACAUUGCUGUUCACCAUGGCACUGUGGAACAGGAAGCUCCAGGUUUUCUGGCACUCCAACACCACCACCAUUCCUCUUGGGGGAGCAUUGUGGGGUUUUUGGAAGACACAGAGAAGCUCUUCAAGGACCAYGCYGUAYUCUCRGCUACCAUCGACGGUCAAAAGUUGKCAAAAAUCGCUCCRGACUUUGCCUUUAAUGAGAAUCCCACCAAAAGUGCYGUUUUGUCAGUGAUAAAGAACCAGUCAGCUGUGGAAAAGAUCUUAAACCGAGCUGGCCAGAGAUCCAGAGGCCAGGAGGGCCGUGCAGUGGCCGCUGCAGAGAUCCGAAGGCGGCGUUGGUGUUACUGCGCYGGCGAAGCUGCGGCGGGUUCUGGGCGGGAGCAGUGGGCAUCAGGUGUGAUCGGCGCUUCCUGGCGCUCGUGGCAUCACCUGGCACGGGUGAGAUCCACCCUGAGGGAAGCUCGCCACMGACACCUGGAGAAUUUUUACAGCAGGGCCAAGCAUCUGGCAGCCAACUGGAAUCGCAUCAGGACCUCCAGGAGGACUAUUAUCCAUAUCCCAUCAUUAGGAUAUUCCCAACGCAUCCGUGAGCACAUCCCUGAUCUUGCUCUCCAGCAGAACCUGCAGAUGGGAAGGCUGUGUGACAUCCUGGAUGCCAACGUGGACGUCAUCUACAUCUGCCCCCUUGCUCUGAGUGAGGAGUUCCUGCAGUAUUACCAUAAACUCCUGGGUCUGCAGGCAGCUGUUAGAUCUGGGAACCCCGAGGACAUGGGUGACCUGCAGGACAGGUUCAAAAUUCUCACCCCUGAAGCUAUAAACAGCUUCCCUGAGCACCGCAUGUGCCUGGCCACCCUGCUCAAGUACAGUCCCAGGACCAUGCAGAGGAUCCGGGUUCUGAUCCAGAGCAGGGAUGCCUACGUGGUUGGGGGUGUUCCCCACCAGGACGAUCUGGCCGUGGCCGAUGUGCUCCAGGUGCCGGUGUUGGGCUCGGAGCCGGCCGUGGCUCAGCUCUACGGCACCAAGUCRGGCUCCAAGAGGAUCUUUGCCAGUGCUGGGGUGCCAACCCCUCCUGGAGAGUGGGACAUCCACAGCUGGGAGCAGCUGCUCCGUGCUCUCAGCCGGCUCAUCCUGGACAAUGUGGAAGUGCGGCGCUGGCUCUUCAAGGUGGAUGAUGAACAUGGAGGAAACGGCACUGCCUACUGUGAUGUGAUUUCCCACCUGGAAUGCUACCCCUGGAUCCAAAGGGAAUGGCAGAGACACAGCCCUGAGGGGUGGAGUAAGAGCCAGGCUCGUGAGCUAGCUUUGGUGAAGAUCUCCCAGGAGCUGCCGGGCCUUUUAGCACAGCACGUACAGCCAGUCAAUGAGAAACGAUUCCCUACAUGGGAAAAAUUCCUCCAAACAUUUCUUACUCAAGGUGGAGUGAUUGAAGCCUUCCCUUUCUCUGCCAGCAUCACCAACCUGACGGUGGAUCUGCUGAUCGAGCCAACGGGGGAGGUGACAAUGGUGUCAUCUGGAGACCAGCUCCACAUUGAGGGGCCCCUCAGAUCUUCUGGCACCAUCAUYCCACAACGUUCCGUGGAUCCAGAGGUUCUUAAAGUUCUCAGCUUGAAGAUUGGGGAGGCCUGUAAAUCCAAAGGAGUGCUUGGCUACUUCUCCAUUGAUUUUGUGGCUUUCACCCAUCCCCAGACGAGGGAGCAGCAGGUGUGGGCAACAGACCUUGACCUUUGCUACAGUGACCAGCUGKCCCUGACUCAGCUCCUGUUGUACGUGACAGAUGGAAAUCUGGAUUGUGGCUCCAGCCGCCUGCAAGGACCUYCUGGAUCCAAGGGAAGCCAAAGCCAACAGAUUCAGCAUGAGGAGAUAAAACCUCCUGGCCCAAGGAGCCCCUGGUGUGCYGUGGCCAGCAGCCAGCUGAGACAUUCCAGCCUCUCAGGGAUCUCCUACAACCUCCUCCUGCACACGUGUCAAGCUCGUGGGGUUGGGUUUGACCUCCAGGAAAAACAGGGGACGGUGUUUGUGUUGUAUGAAGACCAGAAGAGACACAGAUUGGGAAUGCUAACAAUCGGAGACGAUCUCCAGGGGGUCCUCCUGACCUUUGCUCGCAAUCUCUUCAUCAUCCAUCAAGAAAUAUCAGCACCUAAUAUGCAAGGCGAGACCAAUUUUAAGAUGGCAAUUCAAGAUAUUGAAGCAAUUCUAGGAGUUACAACAGAAAACAAACUGAAAUUGGAAGAAGAGCAACCUUGGGAAGCAGAUGCUGUGAAAGAAUAGUUAACAGAAAAUGUUUAAGUGCCUCAUUCCUUAUGUUUCUGGAAAUGCUUCCUCAUCUGUAAGAACAGGUUUGGUUUUCCUUCUGAGUUGGUAUGUGAAGUAACAUUAACUGAGACAGAACAUCUCCAUGAUUCCUGGGUGUGGCAUUUGGAAUAUCUAUCCCACCUUUCUUGUUGAAAGGUGGAGGAUCAUCCUAAUGAUCCUCAUGUUCCUGUUGUCAUUCCUGAAGUUCAGCAUCUGGGUUAAAAAUCUAAUUAAUGGGGUCACACCGCCUUUGUCACUGACUCAGAGCAGAGGAUCAGAUCCACAGAAGAGCCCUGAGAGCCCAAAUUCCCUUUCCAGAAGUUUGUGUUCUGAAAUCCAGGCUUCUGGCAGGAAAGGGGGUCUGCUGUUAGACCUGUUGGAGUGUCCAGAGGCCACCGGGAUGAUCAGAGGGAUGGAGCAGCUCUGCUGUGAGGUUGGGAGAGCUGGGAUUAUUCAGCCCCAAAGAGAAGCUUUAGGGUGACUUUGUAAUGACCUUCCAGGACCUGAAGGGGCUGCAGGAAAGAUGGAGAGAGACUGUUUAGAAGGACCUGGAGUGACAGGACAGAAGGGAAUGGCUUCAGACUUGAAAGAGAUUAGGGUUAGUUUAGAUCUUGGGAAAAAAAUSCUUCCCUGUGAGCAUUYUGAAGCCCCAGAGAAGCUGUGGCUGCCCCUGGGUCCCUGGCAGUGUCCAAGGCCAGSCUGGAUGGGACUUGGAGCAACCUGGGA